CGCGAUUAGCCGGUAGAGGAAAAAACGCCUCCUCCAUCUUUAAAGUCGACGCUCGAAUUCUAAGUUUUGUGGGUGUUUGCUCUAAUUAUUAUUGAAAGUUUGAUAUCGUAUUUCAUUGAAAACUUCAUAAGAAGUUUAAGUUUUUACGUUUUCGUGAAAGUCCAGUUGAAAAAAUCAUGGCAAAUAGAAGAAUGGGCGGUAUGGGCGGAGGCCCGCGAGGCAAUCGCUCUUUUUCUCAGCAACAGUUUCAAGGAGGCAGCCUUAACCCCUGGCAGGGGGCUAUGCCCCAAAAUUCUAUGAAUCAGGGAUUGCUUUCCCAAAUAUCUUCCAAUCCUCAACAACUCGCUCUCGCUCUUUCGAGCUUGCUACAAAAUCAGCAACAGAAUCCACCAUCGUUACUUUCUUUGCCUACGCCUCCUGCUUUUUCUAAUCAGGGAGGAGAUUUCAAUCGGUUUGGCAACCGAGGCAACCGUGAUUUCAGGCGACACGAGCCUUACAACAAGAAUCGAAAUUUUGGCGGUCGCAACAAUGACAACCGGAGGCGUGGUAAUCAGAACCAACAGAAACAGGACGAUCAGAAAAAGACCCCCAGUAAGAAAGAGGACAAAGUCCUAGAAGUAUCCACUGAUGACGGUGGUGAAGAGAAGACCCCCAAGAGGGAUUGGAAGGACGAGAAGAAUGCCAGCGAGGAGAAGAAGAAUGAAAGCAGCGAAGAAGAAAGAAACAAGGAUGGAGUGUACGCUGGCAUCCCCAAGGAGUAUUUGAACUGCUUUGUCUGUAACAAGCAGAUGUGGGAUGGCGAAUCCAUGUACAAGCACGUUAAGGGACGUGCCCAUAGACAAACGUUGGAAACUUUGGAGGAAAGCAUCCAUAUCACUGUCAAUAUCCUUAGGGAGAAUAUGCGCCUCCUCGAGGAGAAAAAAGUUAUCGAAUUGGAAAGAAUGCAACGCCUCUCCAAGAAGUUCAAGUACCAGGAACAGGAAAGCCACUGCAACAUGUGCGAUUUGAAAUUCUUAGGAAAAAUCAUAAGCCAUCGCAAAUCUGAAGGUCAUCAACGUCUGAAGCGUUAUCUACACCCCGUGUGCAACCUCUGCGCCAAGGAGUUUCCGUCGAGAGUCGAGUGGAUUGAACAUCGUUUGACUCCUGAACAUUUGAAGAACUUGUUCGAGAAGAUGAAGGACAGGUGCGGCGGUGCUGACGGUGAUAUAAUCGUUAAAGAAGACGAACAAGAACUGGCUUUGGAACCUCUUCUGGAUGAACCUCUGCAAAUGGAAGAUGAAUAUGUUAUUUUGGAAUUGACUAAUGACUUGUCAAGUUAUCAGAAUCUCUUGCCGGCCUACAAGCCUGACCGUGCUGUUUCCACUAAGAGCUUGGUAGAGUUUAGCGGUUUCAGGUGCGAGUUGUGCAACAGGAGUUUUGAAAAUGAAGAGUUGGCGCAAAAACAUCUGAAGACUAGAGGUCAUUACCAUGCAUUCAUUGAAGCAAUCAAACGGAAGUACAAGGAGCAACAAAAAGCCAAAGAAUCCAAGAAAGUUGAAGAUGAUGGUGAUAAACCGAAGGAAGAAAAUGAUGAAUCCCAAGCUGAUGGCGACCAAGAAAUGUAUGAUCCUGAAGAGGCUACCAAUGAAGACGAAUCUGCCGUAGAUGCAGAAACUACCCAAGAAGAAGGCGAAGGUGAUCCUUCGGUAAUCAACAAUUCUGUUGAUAUGAUUGAGAUGGUCGAGGAAGAAGAGGCAGAGCCGGAGGAGGAAGAGGAGAUGCCAGAGCCACCACCGCCACCAAAGAAACAAGAGGUCAAAAAGGAACCUCCAAAGCCAGUGACUUCUACUCCGAAACAGGCCGCCGCACCUGCAAAAGCAGCUCCUGCUGCGGCACCUGCGAAAGCAGCUCCUGCUGCGGCACCUGCUAAAGCAGCUGCUGCUGCAACGCCGGCUGCAGGGGGCGUCAAAAACGGCGCCGGGCCUAAAAGCAAGAAGGCACGUAAGCAAUAGAGCUUUCCACAUAUUUAACUCUUCGAUUUGAAAUUAGUGUAAUGUGUCUGAGACGUAUCUAUAUAUACGUCCAAUGUGUAUUUUUUUAAUAGGUAAACAUGAUUUGGUAGAUGUGACCUCAGUGAAUUUGAAUUUUUUUUUAUAUUGACGUGGAUUAAUAAAGUGGAUGGAUUUUAAAUGGCGA